CUAACCAAGGUUCUUUUAUGUCACUUUAAGGAUAACACAUUGGAUGGAUACUUGAAUUAAAACUGACAUUCAGCUGUUAAUUCUUAGCAGUUCUUUCCAUAUAUCUGAAUUGAUCGCUAGUAGAGGCCUGAUGGACUGAGUAUUCCUUGUAUAGUCUCGUAAGAGAAUCUAUGGGAAAGAAAAGAGAGUCCUUUUUAUAUCAGAAAUAGUCACUGCAUCAUGAAAAGGCAAUCUAGUUAGCCCAGGAAAACUUAAUUUUCAUCAUAAUGUGCAUUUCAUAAUUUUAGCUUAUGUGUAUAAUUUUCUUUUAUGUUUAGUUGUCCUUUAUAAAACUGUAGGAGUUAUUAUGAAUAUGCUUAUUUUCAUAGGUGAAGAAGGUGAAUUUGGAUUGGCUUGUAUACCAGGCCGAGAAUUUGAUUUUCAAAUUAACCUCAAAAGAGCAAUUGAAUAUGCUUAUGGGCUUGGAUGCCACCGAGUUCAUAUUCUUGCUGGUUUAACCAGCAAGAAUUUUACGAAUGAUGAUUUUACAAGAACAUAUGUGACAAAUUUAAGAAUUGCAGCUGAAAUGUUGGAAGAAUAUUGUUUGACAGGACUUAUUGAACCAAUAAGUCCUGCUGUGAAAGAAAAUUAUUUUCUUAACAGUUUUGAAACAGCUGUGCAAAUUUUAGAAGAAGUUCAGUCACCUCAUGUAAAGCUUCUGUUGGACAUAUACCACUUAAAAAUGUUAACAGGUACUGUUGAUGGACUUGUCGGUUACCUACAAUAUUCAGAUUACAUUCAAGUCUCCCAAGCCCCAGGGAGACAGGAACCAAGCCAUAAAGGAGAAAUCAAUUAUAAAGAUGUGUUUAACCUUCUUGAGCAACAUUAUUCAGGCCACAUUGGGCUUGAAUAUAAACCCAGUGGGUCCACUACAAUGAGCUUGCAAUGGCCAAUCUAAUAUAUUUAUAUGUUCACUGUAAUCACUGCUGCACAUGUCACUUUUUUAAUACUUUGUGUCUUCAUUUAAAUACAUUUGUAAUUAAUUGUUCAUAAAAACUAUGUUUUUCACAAGUUACAAAAAUAAAAUUUUUACUAUGA